AUGUCAGAUUUUGAAUUUCCAGGUACUUUAGGAGAUUAUAAAGGAGAAGAUCAAACAAAGAAUAAGACUACUGCAUAAAUAUAUAAGUAUUUGACAACUGUGAGUACAAAUUUAAUAGAUGAACCAGAAAAAUUGAAUGAGUGUACAACAUGGUUAGAUUUUGUGUACUUUUCAAUAAAAAAUGGAAAUACUACUUAAUAAAUAAAUAAUGUUCUUUCAGAUAUAUUGAAGAAUCAAUUAGAUAAAGCAUAUUUAGGAACAUUGAAAUUAGGAUCAGAAAGAAUAACAGUUUUUUUGGCUUGUUGUUAUUUAUGUUGGCAUAAUUAGAUUGAAUAAUAGGAACAUAUAAAAGUAUUAAAAAGUUUUGUAAAAUAUAUAAAAACAAGCAAAUUAAUAUAGGAAUGUUUUUCUAUGGUAAUGUCAGUAGCAACAUCAAAUUGUUAGAGUGUAAUAGCACAUUAAAUAGUAGCAUUUUUAUUAAGUUAAAACAAUGAACAUUAUUUUAAUAAUUUAGUAGUUGCUUUUUCUGCAUAGAAUAUAAAUUGUGUUCCAUUAUUGAGAAGAUUAAAUAGAUAGAAAUUAGAGAAUGAAGAUGAAGAUACUUAAAUGAGAUUUUAAGAAUUAUUACCAACAUCAAAUUCAACAUUUAUUGAAUGUGUAAUAUUGGAAUAUUUAACUACAAUUAAACCAUUAUAUGCAAAAACAAGUAGAGAAGUAUUACUUUAGAUGGUGAAAUAUUUACCAGACUUUUUUACUUAGAAUAAUAUUCUACAUACAUUAUUAAAAUUAUAUGAUAAAGAAUAAUGGAUGAUUAGAAAUACAGUAACAAUGACUUUAGGAGAAUUAUUACGUUAAUCAGUAUUUAUGGAAGAUGUAGAAGAGAAAUUAUUAUAAUUAUUAUUAUUGAGAACACAUGAUUCACAUGUUCAUGGAAGAUCAUGUGUAUUAUAUGCAUUAAAAGAAUUAAUAAGUUCAAGAUCAGUUAAAUUGAAUGCUGAGAUAUUAUAUAAAGCAGUUGAAAGAUUGAAAGAUAAAAGUAGUUCAGCAAGAAGAGCAGCCAUAUCAUUAUUAGAUUCAAUUAUAAAAGCUUAUUCUAAAUAAUAUGGAAUAAUGACUUUUAAAUCAUCAUAAUUAGAAAAAAAUAGGAAAUUAUUGGAAUUAGAAAAAUAGAAACUUAUAGAAGAUUGUUAAAAUUUAUAAGAAUAAUUAAAUAGAAAUCAAAUUGAUAUUAAAUAUUAUUUGGAUAAUUUAGAAUCAUAAUUAAAUUCUUGUAGAGAUAAAGAAUAAAAAUUAAAGGCAUAAUAAGUAUUUUAGAAUUAGAUAUCUAUAGCUAUGCCUGAUCUUAUUAAAAUUGCACUAAGUAAUAUUCAUACAGAAAGUAAAUGUGUUUUGUAAGUAUUUACUACAUUAAUGAUCAAUCAUCAAGAAGGUAUGAUUGAAUAUGUUAAAUAAAUUUUAGUAUUAGUUUAUUAAACAGAAUUAUAAGAAGAUUUGAACAAACUUAUUUUUAAUUCUUUUGUUAGAAAUUAUUCCAAAUUAAUUAAAUUGAUAGAAAUUUGUGAUAUGUUAGAGAUAACUUGUUUAGAAUAAUUAUUUAAAUCAUUUAAAUAGAAGAAUCUAUAACUUAAAACAGCAGAUGUUUGGGAUAAAGCAUGGGAUUAUUUAAAAUAAUCAAAAUAUAUAUUACCUAAUCUUAGAUUAAUUAGAUUUAUUGGAAUUAUGGAUGAUGCUUUAUUAUAUGAUAAAUUAUGUUAUUUAUUAAGACAUUUAAAAGAUACAAAAUAAUUUAGUGAAAUUACUGAAAUUAUAUUAAUUAUAUAAGAAAUACCUGUUGAGGAUGUUCAUCAAAUAUAUAUUAAGGAAAUUAUUAAAUCAUUAUAAAAUUAUGAUGGAAGUGAUUUAGAAUGGUUUAGAGCAUGUGACACUUUCAUAAGAUUCACAGUUGAAAAAAUAUAGAAACCAGAAAUUACAUUAUUAGAAUUCUUGAAUUCUAUUCCAAUUACAAAUAUACCUUAAUUGAUGUUUGCAAGUAGUACUAUAGGAUUAAAAUUAUAUGUAUAUAGUGAAAAGAUGAUUAAAUAAUAUAGAAAGGAGAAGACUCAACCUUUAGAUGAAAUGGAUUAAAUGGAUAAUAGUAUAUAAGAACAUAUGGAUGGUAAAAUUAAAGAAUUAUAAGAUUUAUUUGAAAAAAUGGGAGAUCUUAGUGAAUAUAGUUCUAGUGCUGAAGCUAUAUGUAAAAAUAUGAUUACAGAUUCAUAUAAAGAAAGAAAUUUAAUGAUAGAUUAAAUUAGUGUCAUGUCUUUAUUAUAAUUCAUGAUCAUAUCUAAAUCAUGUACAGUCAGAAAUAUCAAAACUAUUAUGGAAAUCUUAGAUUGUCAAUAAGUCUAAUCUAUUAUUAAAUGUAAUAUAAUUACUAUGUUAAGUGAUAUCUAUUAUAGAUACUCAGAUCUAAUUGAUAUUAAUAAAGUCUUAUAGAAGAUGGAUGAUAAAGUACUCAAAGUAAGAAGAACUGCAAUUAUUAUAGUAUCUCAUUUGAUGUUAAUGGAAUUAUUAAGAAUUGAUGCUUCUUAAAUUGCUAAACACAUUAAUGAUUAAGAUUAAACCAUUAAAAAACAUUCCAAAAUCUUUUUUGUUGAAUUAUACAAAAAGGAUAGUUAAAAGUUUUAUUAGGUUUUACCUGAUCUAAUUACUUCAAUGGCUCAUAAUUAUUAAGUUUCAGAAGAAGAUUUUAAAAUAUUUGCUAAAGAAAUUAUUCCAUUAGUUUAAAAAGAUAAACUUUAAGAAUAAAUACUUGAGAAAUUCUUAAAUAGAUUUGAUAUCUUUGAUAGAGAAGCAUCAUUAAAAAAUAGAAGCAUUUUGUAAAGAGUUCAAGAAGCCAAAGAAGAUAUUAUUCCUUAUAAUCCUGUAUAGUUAACAGCUGAAAGAGAAUGUGUUUAUCUAUCUUAUUGUUUACUUUAUCUUAAAUUUCAUCUUGAAAAUCUCAGAUUAUUAGUAACCAAUUUUCCAUAAUAUAAAAAAGUACUUAAAAAUCCAAUCAUCUUAGAAUAAUUUAAAUAGAUUUAUUAAAAAUGUAGAAAAGCAGCAUCAUCUUGUAAAAUGAAUGCAAGAAAAACAGAGGCCAUAUAAUAAUCACAUGAAUUUUCUUAAUUAUUAACCAUUUUUAAAACAAACUUAGAUUCUGUAGAUCCUUAAUUAGAAAGACUUCAUUUAUAAUAACAUAAUCAAUAAUAAUAAUCUAAUUAAUAAUAAGUAAAUAAACCCAAAAAGAUUUAAACUUAAUAUAGACCUCCUAAAAAGAACACCAAAUAAUAAAUAAGAAUUCCAGAUUCUGAUGAUAGUAGUAGUAUGGAAUUAGAAUAUUGA